CCUUCUGCAAGCUACGCCACAGCCAGAGAGGAGGGAACAUUCAACCCUGAACCAAAGGACUCAAUUCAGCUCCUGCAAGGACAACUCAAGACUUUCUUGACUGCAGAUAUUUUUGAUUCUGCUCUACUUAACAUGAAGAUGUUCAGCCUUUCAGAGAGAGCUCUAUUUGUCUUUUUUUUUACAGCACAGGUGUUUACAGCAGUCUGGUCCCAGGCGUGUCUGAGGAGAUGCCAGUGCCCUAAGGAGCCCCCCAUGUGUCUCCCUGGGGUGCCUCUGAUCCUGGACGACUGUGCCUGCUGCCUGGUGUGCGCCCGUCAGAAAGGACAAGUCUGCUCUGAAAUGAACCCCUGUGACACGCGUAAAGGGCUGCAGUGCGACUACACGGCUGACGUCCACAAGAGGACUGGUAUCUGUGCAGCUCAUGAGGGAGAUGUGUGUGUUUUGGAUGGUACUGUCUAUCAGAACGGCCAGACCUUCUUCCCCAGCUGUAAGUACCAGUGUAUGUGUCGUGACGGACAGAUCGCCUGCUUGCCGCGCUGCAAAGUUGAUGUGAUGCUGCCUGGACCAGACUGCCCCAUGCCACGCAGGGUCCAGUUACCUGGAGAGUGCUGUGAGACGUGGGUGUGUGAGCCCCAAGCUGAGGCCAGUGCACUGGGCGGCUUUGCCAUGGCAGCCUAUCGUCAGGAGGAGACGGUGAGCUUUGACAGUUGGGACCCCAGCCUGAACUGCAUUGAGCAGACCACAGAGUGGGGGGCCUGCUCUCGAACCUGUGGCAUGGGGCUGUCCACCAGAGUGACCAAUAAGAACCGUCGGUGUGAGAUGGUGAAGCAGAGCCGUCUGUGUAUGAUCAGACCCUGUGACGACCUGCAGGAUCAGACGCAGCUGACACAGCUUGCACCAAAGAGAGGCAGUAAGUGCCAGAGGAUGGUGAGGAGCGACAAAGCCGUCCACCUCUCCUAUAAAAACUGCACCAGUGUCCAGGCCUACAAACCUCGCUACUGUGGCACCUGCACAGACGGCCGUUGCUGCACCCCCCACAGAACCAAGACCACCCUGGUGGAGUUCCAAUGUGCCAAUGGUAAAACCUCCAGGAGGCCGGUCAUGGUGAUCCUGACCUGCGCCUGCCACAGCAACUGCCCCCGAGACAACGCUGUGUGGCAGCCGUCAGAGCUGGGAUACAGCGGCAUGAGGUCAUAGGUCAGAGAGUCACCAUAAGAACAUUAUGAGGUUAUAAUAAACAGUAAAUCCAGAUUGUAGUUGAUGAGUGUGUGUAAAUCCAGGGAUUCCUUGAGUUGGGUUGAAGGACAGGAGCAUCCUCUUCUCCACAAACAUGAGUUGCAUUGACUCUAAAUUUUAGUUUAAAACAAGACGACAACAUGAUAUAUACAGUAUGAUAGUCCUAAAACUUAGGAGAUUGUGGGGGUUUAGUUAAAAUAGUCUCUCUUCAAGAGGGACUUAAUCGUGUAUCAUCCUGUGGACAAAUUAGUGUCAUCUUCACUAUUGCUAAGUAAAGCACUUUGACAAAUUGAUUCUCUCCGCUUCUGGAGAUGAAAUAGAGUAUACUACCAGUCAUUCACAACAGACUUUGGUUGGACACUGGUUUGUAGUUGCUCUUAUGUACUUGGAGGAGAUUGUGGGGGUUUAGUUAAAAAAGUCUCUAUUCAAGAGGUGAAAUAGUAUAAAGGUGCACAAUCACAGGGUCGUGCAGAAACGCAGCCGUGUCAUGGCUGGAUCACAACCUACCGGUUUGAUCUGCACUAGGAUUGACCAGUCAGGCAGAAUUUAGCAUUUUUUAGACAAGAACAUGAAACCACUGUGUUUUGUUCAGCCUAAAUUCUGAGGAAGAAAUCUUUGGCAAUAUAAUGUAGCCAACAGCUUCAAGUACUAUCUAUCCUCUAAAUUCAUCAUUUGCUGAGCUGUGACACUUGUGACACCUUAAUCUAGAAAAACACUUAACAAUAAUAAUAAUAAUAAAUAAUAAUAAUAAUAAUACUCUAAUCCCAUUAUCUUUGCAUGGAUAAAACAGCAGCAAGAGGGCAGAAGGAAUUAGAGGAUUAUAAAGUGAGAUGUUACCUUCCACUGCCGUGGAAGUUUUCCAACUAUGGGACACAUUUUUGAAAUAACUGGACUGUGUACUUUGACCUCGUCCAAACCAAGGACUCAAACUAUGAAAGAGAGGUCACUGUGGUGCCUUAGUGUCAUUUCUAACAUCUACCUAACAUCACCCUCCCCCUGCUGCAAAAUACAUAAUGUCUAUGUUCCCAUCAAUAAAUACAAAUCUAUGUUGUUUGUUUGUUUGUUUGUUUUUGUUCUAGAAAGGAUAUUAUUACUCUGUCUGUUAAAGGUAGUGCACAUAAACAACAGCUAUUUUUAUAGUGACAAAAGUUUUGUAAAUACUUGCUGUAUAGCUUGUUUGACUGAGUGUGUAUCAAAUACACAGUGGUAACAAUGUAAACAUUAAUUGUAUAUAUUGGUAUGUGGUUUUUUUCACACUGCUUGCUUCUGUAUCUGUUGGAAAAAUA